UCCGCGUCGUAUGUGGGUCAAACCACAUGCCACUGUUUCCCGUUUGUUGUAUGGUGUAGCCUUUUGAGUUUGUUUUCUACGCUUGGUCUGGGAAAAGGUAGAUUGGCUAGCCUAGCUUACACUUCUUCUUCUGUCUCGGUAUGGAGAAAAAAGAUUUGGGGAAUUGCACAAAUUGCGUUGUGAGCUGUUUACUAUCGACGAUUGCAUUAUCAAUGGAGACGAAUACGAUUGUGUAUUUCAUGAUGGAUGCGAAAGAGAAAUACAAGAAAUGGUCACUAAACGAAAACACCACUGUCGAAGAUUUACUAAAACAUUACACACAAUUGGCGGCAACAUUUGAACAGAGAGCGCUAGAUGAUGAAUACAUCGGACCAUCAAAAGGACCAAAACAACUUAACGAGAAGCUGAGCGAGUAUGGGUACAAGAAUGAUGCCCAAAUUAUGGAUUUGGGUUGUGGUACAGGAUUGGCGGGCGAAACUCUGUUCAAACUAGGAUACAAGAAUGUUGAUGGUCUGGAUUUUAGUGACGAUAUGUUAAAGAUUUGCAAAGAGAAGGGCAUUUACAGGUGUCUUUACAAGGGACUUAUGGGAUCAGAAUUUUGUAGUGAGUUAGGAGUUGCCGCUGACCAGUACGAUGCAGUCAUGGGUAUCGGCGUGUUUGCUCCGGGUCAUGUCAAAGGCAAGGCAAUGGAUGAUUUUGUCUACGUCGUCAAAUCUGGAGGUCUUAUAGCAUUCUACAUCAACGAUAUUGUGGAAUUUGAUCUUAAUUAUGGGUAUCACAAAAAAAUGGAUGAACUAUCUCAAGAAGGAAAAUGGAAACUUUUGUCCAAGUGCCAUGAACCGAAAUAUGACAAAAGAGUUGGAGGAACAUUUUAUAUAUAUCAAAAACUGUGAUUUACUUUCAGUUAGUUGGAGGAGCAUUUUAUAUAUAUCAAAAACUGUGAUUCACUUUCAGUUAGUUGGAGGAGCAUUUUAUAUAUAUCAAAAACUGUGAUUUACUUUCAGUUAGUUGGAGGAGCAUUUUAUAUAUAUCAAAAACUGUGAUUCACUUUCAGUUAGUUGGAGGAACAUUUUAUAUAUAUCAAAAACUGUGAUUCACUUUCAGUUAGUUGGAGGAACAUUUUAUAUAUAUCAAAACUGUGAUUCACUUUCAGUUAGUUGGAGGAACAUUUUAUAUAUAUCAAAACUGUGAUUCACUUUCAGUUAGUUGGAGGAACAUUUUAUAUAUAUCAAAAACUGUGAUUCACUUUCAGUUAGUUGGAGGAACAUUUUAUAUAUAUCAAAAACUGUGAUUCACUUUCAGUUAGUUGGAGGAACAUUGUAUAUAUAUCAAAAACUGUGAUUCACUUUCAGUUAGUUGGAGGAGCAUUUUAUAUAUAUCAAAAACUGUGAUUCACUUUCAGUUAGUUGGAGGAACAUUUUAUAUAUAUCAAAAACUGUGAUUCACUUUCAGUUA